AUGUCAGGCAAGUGGCAGAGAAGUGUUCGACAGUUUGGGAGCAGGGAUGAAGUCAAAAUUGAGAAAGUCAACAUAUCAGGAACUUCAGUCACUCAUCUUUCUAAGGAAUUUGUCUUUAGCUCCAAACUUAAGGAAUUGAAAAUGGAUGGAUGCCCAUUAGUGUUUCCACCCAUUGAAGUGUGCAACCAAGGCAUUCCUGUUAUAAGAGAAUAUUUCCGUGAGCUGGAUAAGGUGGGUGGAGUGCGACGUGGCAGAAUAAAGAUUUUAGUGAUGGGAACUACAAUGGCAGGAAAAACAAGCUUCGUUGAAGCACUGGAGAGUGGUAAACCAUUUUUGGCAGAACCCGAUGAGAGAACUAUAGGGGUAGUAGAAAAAGUAAUGAAGCUGGAUGAUAAAAUAGAAUGCAAACUCCUUGACUGUGGUGGCCAUAGAGCGUACAUGCUAACCAACCAGCUGUUCAUCAGUGACAAUUCAUUGGUAUUGAUUGUUGUUGACAGCAAUCAGUAUAAGUUUACUCAACAAUGUUUUCGACAAAAUAUUGCAGAUUUCCUGCAAGUUGUGUAUGACAGAAACAGCAGAGCUCACAUUGCUAUUGUUGUGAGUAAAGUUGAUCUGAUGGUCGACAUGUCAAGAGAAGAAAUGAGUAGAAAGUGGAAUGAACAUCUGCACACUUGUCUACGCCAAUUCUUGAAGAUCAGACAAGCUGAGAUUGAUGGAAUGGCUGCAGCUAGUGAUUUUCCAAAGAAAAAAUACGUAUCAGAACGUCUUCAAUUCUUUGACUUACAGCAAAUAACUGUUGAAAAAAAUGUACUAUUGACGAGUGCAGCUACACAUGAGGGAGUGGUCAGUGUGAAGGAUCGUUUAGGAGAACUGUAUUGUGAUGAAAGGCUGCUGCCUUCACUGCACACAAAGCUGCCGUCAUCAUGGGUGACUGUAGAAGACAAGUUGAUUAAACCACAACCUCACACGUCUGUCCCCAUUACAGAUGUUUCUUAUGCAAUGCAACUGUGUGUAGAGCACGGACUGACAGAAGAAAGCUGUCGUGAGUUGCUAAACUACCUGAACCAGGUAGGAAGCAUUCUGUAUUACUCUCAUCACCCGACUUUAGCAGAAGUUCUCUUUCCUAUACCACCAUUUGUGGUCACUUUACUUAAGGCUGUUUUCAGACAUGAUCACGAAUCUUUAGAAUAUGACCAUCGUUUCAGGAGUGUUAAUAUCAGUCGUGAUCAGUUUGAAAACAUGCACAAUGACCUUGUUUCUAAUGGCAUUGCUAGGAUAUCUAUGCUGCUGGUGCUGUGGAGUGAGUUCCUCCUUACUGAAGAUCGUUAUGUUGACGUGUUUAUUAAGCUUUUCCUUGCUCUCGACUUUGGUUAUCUAACUGGCUCAUCAGAUGAUGUAGUUCAGGAACUGGGAGACACUUUGGGGAGACGUCAGAUCACUUCAACUUCACCAGUUAGCACCAACACGACAUCAUAUUCAUCUGGUCAAGUGAUAGAGGAAAAUCAUCAUCAAGAGCAAACAGACAGAUGCAAAGAAAUGAUUUUUCAGCUAAAACAACACAAUGUUGGCUUGCUGUUGCCAUGGUUACUAAAUGAUGAAAAACCAGAGGAUGUUGGUAAACUUUGGUCUUCAGAUAUACCACAUGGAGUCAUGCAAGUUUCUGUCAAAUACUCAUUUGCAUAUGAUCGUCCAUUGGGCUUGUUUGAACGACUGUCUGCUCGUUGCCAUCGUCACUCCAAUUAUAUUUGUCACUGGAGCAGUGGACUGCUCAUGUGUUAUGGUGCAGUGACUUUGCAUUUCGAUUGCAGCAAGAAUAUUUCACCUGGCUUUAUAUGUCUCAGUGGUAGAGUAGUCAAGUCACAUCACAGUGUUGGCAGAUUGUGGCAUGUUCUUCUUCGUUGUGUGUCAGAUAUGGAGGAUCUUCUUCAGUCUGUUCCUGGUGUUCUCCCUGAUAGAUUCAUCUACAGUGGAAGUUCUUCUACCACAAGUAGGAAGUCUCCCCUCAGCCGAGCUAAACAGUUUGUUCCAAAUGAAAGGUGGGGAUCAUUUGCAGUAGAUGCUACAGCAGGAAGAUACAGUGCAGAGAUGGCAAAACAUAUCAACGCAGUACAACACGGUAAAUAA